AUGGGCACCAACUUCCCGCUCAUCAGCAACGCUUCGCUGGAUUACUUCGCGGCCAAGGGCAUGAACACCAUCCGCGUGUCCAUCAUCUGGGAGCGCCUCCAGACCACCCUCUACGGCGCCUUCGAUGCCACCUACGUCCAGUACCUCACGGACAGUGUGAACUACAUCACCAACGCCAAGGGCAUGUACUGCCUGCUUGACCUCCACAACUACCACCGCUACCGCGGAAACGUGAUCGGUUCGGCCGCCGUGCCCUACGCGGCUCUGACCGACGUGUGGCAGAAGCUGGCGGCGCUGUACAAGAACAACAGGCUCAUGGUCUGGGGCACCAUGAACGAGCCCUACGGCGUGGGUUACCUCGCCGCUCAGCUGGGCGCCAACGCCGCCAUCAAGGGCAUCCGUAACGCUGGCGCCACUCAAUUGAUCACGAUCAGCGGCAAUGACUACUCGGCUGUCUACUCGUGGGUGGGCACCAACAGCCAGUGGAUGGGUCCGGCCAACAUCACCGACCCUCUCAACAACUGGGUCUACGAGAUGCACCAGUACUUCGACGGCCAGGGCGGCCAGACCGUCUGCCAGCCCAAUUGGAAUGUCGACUAUUACUUCGGCCCGGUCACCACCUGGGCUCGCAACAACGGCGUUAAGAUAUUCCUGGGCGAGUUCGGCAUCAACGACUCAGACCCCUGCCUGGCGCUGCUCAACAGGCUCAUGACCUUCCUCACGGCCAACGCGGACGUGUGGUACGGUUGGACGUGGUGGGCCGCCGGUCCCUGGUGGGCGCAGGACUACAUCUACCUGCUCGAGCCCAAGGCCGACGGCUCCGACCGCAACCGCCUCAUGGCCACCCUUCGUAACUACUUCCCCAAGGCCUCCGCUACCCCGAGCCCCUCGACCAGCCGCUUGCCGCCCAGCCCGAGCGCUUCGACCAGCCGUCCCGAGCGCGUCGACCAGCCGUGUGCCGCCCAGCCCCAGCGCGACGAUCAGCCGCGUGCCGCCCAGCCCGAGCGCAUCGACCACCCGCGUGCCGCCCCGCCCAAGCGUGACGACCAGCCGCGCGCCGCCCAUGGACCUAAGUACUAUGGCGUGAACCAGGCGGCGCUUGGCUGGGGCUCCAGCGCGCUACCGGGCACGGCGGGCACCAACUUCCCGCUCAUAAGAAACGCUUCGCUGGAUUACUUCGCGGCCAAGGGCAUGAACACCAUCCGCGUGUCCAUCAUUUGGGAGCGCCUCCAGCCCACCCUCUACGGCGACUUUGACUGGACCUACGCCAACUACCUCAUCAACAGCGUGAACUACAUCACCAAUGUCAGGGGCAUGUACUGCGUGAUCGACCUCCACAACUACCACCGCUACCGCGGCCAGCUGCUCGGCACCUCGGCCGUGCCGAUCUACACCAUCACCAACGUGUGGUACCGCCUGGCGGGCGUGUUCAAGAACAACCAGCGCGUCGUCUUCGGCACCAUGAACGAGCCCUACGGCGUGUCGUACGAGGAGGCCUUGCGCGGCGCCAACGCCGCCAUCUCCGGCAUACGUGGUGUCGGGGCAACUCAACCGAUCACGAUCAGCGGAAGCGACUUCUCCGCAGUCAAUUCGUGGGUGGGCACCAACAGCCAGUGGAUGGGUCCGGCCAACAUCACCGACCCGCUCAACAACUACAUGUACGAGAUGCACCAGUUCUUCGACGGUCAGGGCGGCCAGACGGUCUGCAAACCCAAUCUCGACGUGGCGGCUGUGUUCGGUGGCGUGACCCAGUGGGCUCGCUCCCUCGGCGCUAAGGUGUUCCUGGGCGCGUUCGGAAUCAACGACUCGGACGAGUGUCUGCCGCUGCUCAACAGGCUCAUGACCUACCUGAACGCCAACGCGGACGUGUGGUACGGUUGGACGUGGUGGGCCGCCGGUCCCUGGUGGGCGCAGGACUACAUCUACCUGCUCGAGCCCAAGGCCGACGGCUCCGACCGCAACCGCCUCAUGGCCACCCUCCAGAACUACUUCCCCAAGAAGGCCUAA